CCACUGUCCAGGCCGAAACAACAAAGAUCCAGGAAUACAUGAGGAAGAUGCCCCCCAGAGAGGAGCUGCUAAGUGAAUACCUCAGACAGGACAUCAAAGACUGACCACAUGUUCUUAUCUUAUUAUGUCUUGUUGAUUGUACUGAAUGACUUUGGUGUGAAGAUUACUACCAAAUAAUGUUUGGUGGAAAAUAGAUUAGUGUGAUGCUCACGCCAUCUAAAAUAUGUAUCACCACCUAUUUUCCUGAAGACAUGAAUGUAGUCAGUCAGAGCAACCAGCCCACCUCUUUACAUAGGGAGCAGCCUUCCUGCUGCACACUCUAAUUACGAACAUUCAGCCAGACACACCAUGAUGAGCUUCACUUUAGUCGCCUCCAUUCUAUACAGCCUCAGCUGGAUCUCUGUCUCGCUUUCUGAGUAUCAGACUGUGGAGGCUCAGCCUGGUGAAGAAGUCACACUGAGGAUUACGAAUAUGACCAAAUAUGAAACUUCGAUAUUCUGGUUCAAGCUGGUCAAUAGAACCAACGCCAGCUGUAUCUCCGCCAUGUUUAAAACGACAGUUGAAUUCUGUGAUGGAUAUGACAGCAGAAGAUUUGAAAUGAGCUCCAACAUCUCCACUGUCUCUCUCAAAAUCAAACAUGUGGAUUCAUCUGACUCUGGACUGUAUUUUUGUGGAUUUUUCAAUUCUGGAAAAUCACUUUUCAGUGUGAUACGCUUAAAUGUAAAAGAUGCUGAACUUGAUGAUGAAGUGGAUUCCAACACUCAAAGGGAGCCUGAUAGAACAGGAAACAUCAUGAAUGUGACCCUUGGCAGUCUGACUGUUUUCCUCAUGAUGGCUGUUAUUGUUCUGGCUGUUAAAAUCCAACAGCUCCAGAAAGCUGCCGCUGGAGAUCUGCAUCUUGCAAGAAACAAGAAUCUGGACUUCGAUAACCUGAACUGUGCAGCAUUCAAGUUCCUUCCAGAGAAAAGAAACGAGAAGCCAGCAUCAGAGAAACAAGUGGAGACUCAUGUUGUUUAUUCUAUUAGCAGAUAGACUCAGGAGGAAACUGAAACUGAUGCUUUAUCAUCUUCGUCUGCUACAAGCCAAUGACCACAUGAGUACGUUUGGUUAACUGGUGGCAGAAAGAGUCGAUGUUAACAUUUUCGUAAGACAAAUAAAGUUCCCACAUUCAUAGUCAGUUCACAUUUUCUUGCUCGAAUUCUUUCAGUCUCUCAACCAAAGCUUUUGUCUUUCUCAUUGUCCUCAUCCACCCUUCAUCUGAGAGGAACAACAAGACAUUUGACACCCAAUGAAAGGCAAAAGACACUGACUGCGUCUGUUGGGGGAGAAGCAAGAAUGAGUGAGAGACACGUCGCUUAAAAGGAAGUGCCAGCACAGUGUGGUCUGAGCACAACUGAGGUGAAAAUAAGAAGACCUUUAAUAUGAAAGCUUUGAUGCAAAGCCAUGCUUCUGUUGGUAUAUGAGCAGUAACAAACAUCCACUGACAGUAUCAUGCAAGGACGCACUUUAAGUAAUUUAUUUAAGUUUGUCCAUAAAUAUGAACUUGUGAUCUCAGUUAAAUGUAGUGAAAUAUUGAUGUGCCAGAUGCCCGAGUGCCCCCCCCCCCAU